AUGUCUAGCGAUUGCAAGGUAUGUGCGUCAUAUUACUAUUUCCGUACUAGAGGGUCGAGUUCUUACGAUUGCAGCAAAUUUAAAUGUAAGAAACAAUGUAAAGGCAACGAGGGUAAAUGUCAAUGUGAUUGUAAAUGUUGUGAAAAAAAACGUGAAGCGGAACGUGAAAAGCUUGCCGCCUCCCAGUCUCUCCCCGGUCCACACUCUCCCCCUGAUUCCUCCAGUCUUGAGUCUGAGUCCGUCAGUCGAGCUCAAUCGUCCGAUCUUCCCACUGUGCAGCCGUAUACUGGCGUCCAUGAUACAGAAAACUCCACCACAUUCACCCCGGACCCCCAAGCCAUCGCCGCCGUCAUCGUUGCUAUCAUCGUCGCCAUCAUCCUGCUCGACCUGUGCAUCUUCCGCUUUCCGGUGGGCCGCAACAUCCGCGAUUUCCUCGUCCGCAAGAUACCCUUCUGCAUCGCGUUCUACAGCUGA